CACCGCCCUUCUAGAAACCCAACCCCACAGACAGAGUGACUCGCACGUCAUUUGCUUACAAACUCCAGUCUUCUGCAGCCAAUGAAUCACGGAUUACAAAUUUACAAAAGUGCUCCUCCUCCUAAAUAUACAAACAACAACAACAAAAAAAAAUAAAAAUAAAGCAUUUCUAUAUUUGUCGUCAAUAACAAUGGCCACUUUUGUUUACAUAUAUAUAUUAUGUUUCUUGACGGAAUUCUCUGUUUAUAGGACAAAUAAAGAAGAAGAGAACAGAAGGACGACCAACAACAAGAAAAGAAAGAUGAAUUAUAAUAUCACAACCAAAAACGUUUUAGAUGUGUCAGCGUUCUUGCUCUUAGAAGCAUCCGCAGAUUCCGAAGCUGGCCACGACGGCGUUGACGAUGAUAAAUGCGUUAAGGAUAUAGAUGAUGAUGAUGAUGAUGAGUCUUGUAGUGCCAGUUGUUCGUGCGAGACGUCUUGUGUAACGUGGACGAGUCACACACCAAAUCGUCGGUUAGAAGAUACGGUGAAGAAAGAGAGAGAUGCCGCAGAGGAAGAAGAAGAAGACGACGGAGAAGGAGAGGUGAAUAGCUACAUAAGAUCAUGUGGAAGAAGCCAAGGCGAAAAUCUGGCCGUGGUGAUCAGUGAGAUGGAUCAAAGUCGAAUGUUCUGGGAAGCUUGUCUCGCAUCUUGAUCUGUCUUUUUAUUUUUAUUUUGUCUCAGCAUGCAACAACAUUAACAGAGAAAGCAAGAUCAUCUAGAUUAAUUAGCGUGUUCUUGUCUGGGUUUCUUUUCUUUUUUUUAGCUUCGUCCCUUUAAUUAAUUUAUGCACAUCUAUAUAUAAAUUGUUGUUGUUGUA